GCCACCGCCAAGCACGUGGCCAACAUCGCCAAGGCCUUUGCGGAUGACAUUGGUGCUGCUCGGCUUGAGGAAUUUUGGGAAAGGUUCCGAAGUGAGGAGCCAAAUCACGAGGUCUUCGGGCAUGAUUUCAUCUCCUUCAAGGAUCUUGAGUUUACCCGGUCGCCAGCUUGGCUGACUACUACUGGUCCCAACAAUGAACUUCCGUGGACAACCAUUGCACCCUUCCUCGAGCGUGUGCCACAUGUACUGGAUGACAAGGGGUCAUUUUUCAAACUUGACCUUCUGCACAUCUACCAUCUAGGAAUCGGUCGUGACUUUGCUGCAAGCUCCCUGGUGGCGAUUUUGGAUUUCGUCUAUGAGGGCACAGUCCCUGAGAGGCUGGUGAAGAUGAAUGCUGAUUUGAAAGAGUAUUUGGCAUCAUCGAGAAAACAAGUACACUUCAAGCUUCUUACACGGGAUAUUCUGGGAUUUGAUUCAGACAAAGUCUUUCCGGCUGGGCAUUGGAACAAGGCAUUCGAUACUCCGGUUCUGAUUGAGUUUGUGGGCUGGGUGUUGCGUCGAAACAAUGUCAUCCUCAAUUCCCAGCGGGUGCUUCAGAUCAUGGCUAGUGCUUGUGAUGCUAUGUCCAGAUUUAUGCAGAACUUGCUCCGGUCUGGAUUGUGGCUAAAGCAAGCGGUGGCCGCAGACUGCGGAGAAGAUGGGCUGUACUUUUUGGCCUGUUAUGCGAAACUUGCAAGGGUCUCCUUUGAUGCACAGAAAUGUCGGUACAACAUG